CAAUAGCCAAAAAAAUCAUUCCACAAUCUUUCUCUACUCACUCAAUAUCUCUCUACUGAACUCUCUCCAGCCUGGAACACUUUUUCCAUAUCGUUGAUUCCUCCGUUUCAUUCAAUUCGGGGCUAUCUCAGGUAUAUUCAGGCAUAGCCUACAUGGAUCAUGGAUUCAAUCAAAUUUCGAAUGCAGCAAACGGUGCCAAAUUUCCCGAUGAUCACUUGCUGCCCAUUUAUGAGCCAUUUCAGAGCAACGCGAAUGGGAUUGAUCGUAAUUACCUAGAACUUGAUUCCUUGAAUGUCCCAUCCUUCCCACUAGGCCCAGGCCUCGAUAGUUUUACUCCAUCUCCAAACCUGAGCUAUGAGGCAGAUUCUCCCGAGGAUCAAGACUCUGAUCCGGUUCUUAAGUUCCUUAAUCAGAUACUUGUUGAAGAGAACAUGGAAGAGAAACCAAGUAUGUUCCACGAUCCACUUGCCUUACGAGCUACUGAAAAAUCCUUGUACGAAGUCAUCGGAAAGGAAUACCCACCUUCGCCUUAUAAUCCACUUAAUUACGGCGAGCUAACUUCAGAUAGCCCGGAUAGCCUUUUGGGAAAUUCCAGUGACCAGACAAACAGCAGUAACACUGGAAGUAGCUCCAUCGAUCCUCAGUGGAUCGUUGAUCCUGGCGAAUAUAAUUCCUCGGUUAAACAUGGUCAAUUUCAGGAAUUUCCAGCUAAUCCACUCUUGCAGGCAAGUUCUCAAUCAUCGUUUAGUACUGCCAACAGCUUCUACAGUAAUCCAAAUUCGACAAACUCCUUCGGCAACACAGCCCUCCUCCAGAAUAUCUUCAGUGAUAGUGACUCGAUUUUGCAGUUCAAGAGAGGAAUGGAAGAAGCUAGUAAGUUCCUUCCUCCCAGUACUCCAUUGAUUAUCGAUCUUGACAAAUAUGAGUUACCUCAGAAAUCAGAAGACAUCAGCUCAGAUGUUAUCGUAAAGGUAGAAAAGAACGAGACUGACGACUCUCCUAAUGGUUCGAAAGGAAGAAAACACCAAUACCCAGAGGAUGAUGAUUUGGAAAACAGUGAAAGAAGCAGCAAACAGUCGGCAAUCUACAACGAAGAUAUCGAGCUAUCGGAAAUGUUCGACAGAGUUCUUCUUUGCACUGAUAUCAAAGGGGAAAUCCCUAGCGAAGUGAAGACUGCUAAACAGAACGUAACAUCCAAUGGUUCUAGCAAUAAUAAAGGCGACUCUGUCGACCUUCGAACCCUUUUGAUCAGCUGCGCCCAAUCUGUCGCUGCCGACGAUCGAAGAACUGCAUACGAGCAAUUGAAACAGAUCAGUCUACAUUCUUCUCCUACAGGCGACGCAAACCAGAGGUUGGCUUUCGUAUUCGCCACAGGUCUCGAGGCACGUUUGGGCGGCACGGGAACCGAGCUUUACGCGUCUCUAGUUCGUAGGAGGAUCACAGCUGCCGAGAAGUUAAAGGCCUACAACGUCUACCUUUCAUCCUGUCCGUUCAAGAAAUUGUCGAUAUUCUUUGCGAAUAAGAUGAUCGGAUUAGUCGCUUCGGAAGCAACGACGCUGCACAUUAUCGAUUUCGGUAUUCUCUACGGUUUCCAAUGGCCUAUCCUCAUUCAUCAGCUCUCGCAAAGGCCUGGAGGCCCCCCGAAGCUACGGAUCACCGGAAUCGAGCUCCCGCAGCCAGGAUUUCGACCGACAGAAAGAGUCGAAGAGACGGGGUGCCGUUUGGCGAAGUAUUGCGAACGUUUCGGCGUGCCGUUCGAGUACCAUCCGAUCGCAGCGCAGAACUGGGAAACGAUUAAGCUAGACGAUUUAAAUAUCGUUAAAGGCGAGGUACUUGCGGUGAACUGUCUGUUUCGAUUCGGUCGAUUGCUCGACGAAACUGUAGCGGUCGACAAUCCGAGGGACGCGCUUCUGAACUUGAUUCGAAAAAUGAAGCCGGAUAUAUUUGUGAACGGCGUCACGAACGGGUCGUUCAACGCCCCCUUCUUCGUUACGCGUUUUCGGGAGGCGCUUUUCCACUACUCGGCGCUUUUCGACAUGUUCGACAGCACGCUGUCCCGCGAUAAUCCGCAGAGGGUUGAUUUCGAGCAGGAUUUUUACGGGCGGGAAGUGAUAAAUGUGACGGCGUGCGAGGGGGCCGAGAGGGUCGAGAGGCCGGAGACGUACAAGCAAUGGCAAGUCCGGCAUGUGAGGGCCGGGUUCAAACAGGUCGCGUUGAAUCCCGACAUUAUAAAGAAAUUAAGACAUAAGGCGCAAGCGGGGUAUCAUAAGGAUUUUUUGUUCGACGAAGACGGGUGUUGGAUGCUACAAGGAUGGAAAGGGCGGAUUAUUUGCGCGAUCUCGUGUUGGAUCCCGUCGUCGUCGUCGUAGAAUUUUAUGUAAGCUCGACUCGAGAUCGAUCGAUGUAGCCGACCACCGCCAUUGUCGUCUAUCGGAAAUCGGAAAUCACGGCGGGGCUGUGGCGGCGAAGAGGUAUUUUUAUUAUUGUGUGUGGGUUUAGUAAUUUGGUGUAGUGAUAAAUAAGAUAUAACUAGAAGUAGGAAAGAGUAGUUAGCUAGUUAGGGUUGGAGUAGUAAUAGGGGUAGUUGGAGUGGUGGUUUUAAUGGCUUCUUCGAGUGUUCUUUUUUUUUUUGUCAUAUAACUACUAAUUUGGUUUGGCGGGGGGAUGUAUGUGUACGUGUGUUGGAUUCUUAUAUUAUAGGAAGCUGCUAUUGCCCUUUUUUUUU